UUUUUUUUUACGUUUCAUCGGUUAAAGACUUAUUCACUGCGAACCUACUGUAUCCUGGCAACGUGACUCGUAAAUAUUUGGAGGGAGGUUAGGAACGGUCGAAAAUACUCUGAAAGUCGUCAUUAAUUGCAUGAAGAGAACGCUAUAAUGACGACAAUUCUUCCUCAAAAGCCGCAAGGCACAUACACAUUUGCGAGUCAACCCCGUGCAGUUCAACAACGGAAAAAGUACAGGGAUGCUAAUCCAAUUGAUCAAAGCCAGGGACCUCCACAAUAUGGAAACAUUAUGUAUGACAGGCGUAUUGUGCGAGGAAACACAUAUGCCCAACACACACUGCCAGCACAUGCACAGCCAGACCCCAUCGAAAUACAGAGACAACAGGAAAACCGUCGCCGUGCAAUAGCAAGAAAAAGGGCAAAGGAACAGCUCCGUCCCCGCUCCCCUGACCCCGUAGAGGGACGCAAACACAUUGAUGUACAGACCGAGCUGUACCUUGAGGAACUCAGUGACCGUGUGGAGGAGGCUGAUGUUGAGGUCCAGACAGAUGCCUUCCUCGAUAGGCCGCCUUCCCCCAUGUAUGUCCCUGCCAAAACAGGUGUUGAUAUCACAACACAGAUCUUAGAGGGUGAUCUCUUUGAUUUCGAUAUUGAAGUCAAGCCCAUUUUAGAAGUGUUAGUUGGUAAAACUGUAGAGCAGGCCUUACUCGAGGUGAUGGAGGAGGAGGAGCUCGCCAAUCUCCGAUCACAACAACGUGCCUUCGAGGAGCUGAGAAAUGCGGAACUGGUGGAACAACAGCGACUAGAGGAACAGGAGAGGAGGCAUAGGGAGGAGAAGGAGAGAAGGAUGAGACAACAACGAGAUAUUGUGAAAAAAGAAAAAGAGACCUCAGACAAGAUUGCUGCUCGUGCAUUUGCACAGAGUUACCUUGCGGAUCUCGUACCCACUGUGUUUGGCACACUGUCAGACAACGGUUACUUCUAUGAUCCUGUUGAAAGAGAUAUUGAGCAGGGUUUCAUGCCUUGGUUGAUAGACCAGGUGCAAGAACAGUUACAGAAAUCUCAACUUGGCCGUUUGGUGCUGGAUGGAAUGAUCAGGGACGUGAUGAAUCAGAGGAUAGAGGCCUACAAUAAGACGGCGAAACCUGCAGCUGGAGGCGGGGCUACCACUGGUGGUGCACCCAGCGACAGUAAACCUGCAGAUAGCUCCAGUAACGCUGUUCCAUCACAAGCCCCCGCUGCUGCCACAACUUCAGAGGUAAAUAUUCACUGUACAAAGUAUUCAGCAAGUGAUAUACUUAUGCAACAGGAUUUUAGGACCUUUUUAUUUAUGCUUUGCACUCAUGGGGGAAAAAAUCCUGUUUCACUCAUAAAAUAAUUUAUAUUCAAUGAGAAAAUGUUGAAAUUUUCAUUUUUUAUUUAUUUUUUUUAAAUAAUUUUCCAGAGAACGCAGUAUAUAGAAUGUAGCUCCUUUGCUGAACAAAUUAGUCAAUUUAGUCAAUAUUUCACCACUGAUAUUGUAAUACAGAGUAAAAAUUGCAAACACCUCUCGACAUACAAUACUUCACACACAAUCAAUCCUCCUGCUGUCACUAUGCAAGAUUCACCACCCACUCCCCUUCCAUUUUUUUAUCACUUUGCAGUGAAUAUGUUAUCUUCUGAUUAGGUAUUGCAUAACUAAGAAAAACAGAUGCAUUAAUACUUUUUUAAAUUCAAUUACCAUAAAGAUAUGCUUUUCAGACAAAAAUGAUAAAAGUGCAAAGGGAAAAAUGACUGGCAUUUCUUUGAUAUUAGUUUAUCCAGGUUCAUUCUUGUGCAGUUUUCAAACUGAAUUUUGUAAGGUGUUUAAUUAAAACAUGGAAAUUACUUUCUUUAUGUAAAGAUAUAAGUAUGUGAAAUACAUACAUGUACACGCAUAUACACAAACAUACUCAAAAAUCUAAUGUACAUGGAGUUCUAGAAUUUCUUUGUGAAAAAAAAAAUCUUUCUGGUCUAUUUCAUUUUCUUUCUCAGAGAACUACAGCACUACAGCUUAGGACAAGGCUUAAAACCAAAAUAUGGAAUAGAUUUGUUAUAAAGCUUUUGAAUUUUUUUAUGGUCUCAGAGUUUAUUUUCCAUAGAUAAAUUGUACCGGUAUAUCUAAUGACCCUUAAUUGUAACAUCACUAUCCUAGAUGAUACAACUCUAUGCUUCACCACAAUGAUUAUGAAAAUGUUGUACCUGUACUAUUAAUUUUGUGAUUAUGUUAAUGACUUUCACUGCUUAAAUAAUACAUGUGUUAAAAAGAUAAAAAAUCUCAUCAAUGAGAGAGGACAGGUGACACUAGUCAUACUGGAUACAAAAAAAAGAAGUUGCAUGCUUUGGUGGUAGUAAAAGAAAACCUGAUAAUUGAUUUGAAACAACGAGAAUUAAAUUGUCCCUGGAUUUCCUGUCUGAAAUGAGAACUGCUGGGCUGAAGUAUGGAAGAUGGUCUCACGGAACGAAAGGCUUUCAAAGGGUACAGAGGCUCAGAGUCGCCCAUGCAUUACACUUGCUGUGUCGGGUGACAAAUCCGCCGGGUAGCCAGAUGUAACCUUCCCACGAUUCCCCGACUCUGUCGGUGUAUCUGUCCCAGACCUGCACACGUCGAACUUCCCUUUUUUCAUAAAUUAGCCUUCUGAAGCAGGUGACUUUUUUCUGCAUGGUUGAAUUGAGAGAUAAUUUCAGCGCUGAUUUAAUGAGUUGGUUGUACAAGGGGGGGCGGUCUGAUUUAGUUCUGGGCCUGUUUGUCGGGUCAGUGGCAGUGUUAAUUCCACCGAUUAGACACCGAUACUGUAAGAGAUGGAUUCAUUUCACUGAACGGAGAAAGUUGGACCCAAUCAAUGAAAAGUCAUGGAGGCGUAUCCAAGGAGAAAUUAAUCACAAUACAAAUGACUCCACGUAUUGUGGGGAGCUGAUAUGUAUCUGGAACGACAAAUAUGUGAUAAAUGGGGACUGAUUAAGCCACACCCUGUCUCAAUGCCCCUUGUGAUGGGCUGCUGCUAAUAGGAGAAGUGAUACAAACAUUGAAUAUAAAUUAUCCCCAUAUCAAUACCCAGCAUUCAUCUCCAUUGUAUGAAGUCAUCUGUGUGUCAAGGGAGAAGAUUCAUUUGUGAUCUCGACAACAAUGAAAAUCAAUUUCAGUAAUAUUAUAUAUUUCAUAAUUUUCAAAUUUAAUUAUCAGUGAAAGUCAUUAUAUGUGAUAUAUGAUUUAUACAUUACACAAUAUUAGUUAUGAUUAGAAGGUUGGGAAAGGAAAUGAUGUGUGUAAUUGAAAAAUGACACACUCCAUUGCAAAUGAAACAUUCAAAUUAUUCAGGAGUCACCAUUGUGAUUCUCAUAUUUUGAUCCCAAUAUGACAAAACCGGAAACCACAGUGAUUUACAAUCAAAGCAAAAGGAGACUUGGCAAUAUAAAUAUCGAGUUCAAUGAAUUAAUAAAA